CCCUUUAGCAUUCAAAGUUUCUCUCUCUAGAAUAUUAUCAAAUUUAUCGGUCAUUCUCUCUCCUCUUUAGUGUCAGCGGGUUGUGUUCCUCUUAUUAUAUGAGGAGAGAUGUGGGCUCUUAUGCUCUGCAAUGCCCUCCGCUUUCAAACUGGUCCUUAUUCAUCCAGGUUCUCUCUCCUCUUCUCCCAAUCCCUAAGACCCUUUCUCUCUCUCCCUCUUCACAUGGAUAAAAACUCCAGUGCUUCUCCUUCCGCCUCAAUCUCUUCUCUCUCUAGAAGACGGGGAAGCAGUUCAGAAUGGGGUGCUUCUCAAACCGCAGAAGGUCGAAGGACUUCGAGAGGUGGACGAGGUUCAAAGGAAACAAAAAUGGAUAAGAUCGAUGCCCUUGGUCGACUGCUAACAAGGAUUUUGCGCCAUAUGGCUUCUGAGUUGAAUUUGAAUAUGCGGAGUGAUGGUUAUGUAAGGGUGAGCGACUUGUUGGAAUUGAACCUGCGAACAUUUGCUAAUGUUGCCCUAAAAGCACAUACCAUCGAAGAUAUUAAGGAGGCUGUAAGGAAGGACAGCAAACAACGUUUCAGCCUUCUGGAAGAAAAUGGGGAGCUUUUGAUUCGUGCCAAUCAGGGCCACUCAAUAAAGGAUAUUACAUCGGAAAGCUUAUUGAAGCCGAUCCUCUCUGCUGAUGAAGUCCAAGUUUGUGUACAUGGAACAUACAAGAAGAAUCUUGAUUCAAUCUUGCAUUCCGGGCUCCAACGUAUGUCGAGGAUACAUGUUCACUUCUCCAGUGGCUUGCCAACAGAUGGAGAAGUAAUUAGUGGAAUGCGUCGUGAUGUCAAUGUUUUGAUUUUCUUAGAUGUCAAAAAAGCUUUGCAAGAUGGGAUGAAGCUUUACAUAUCAGACAAUAAGGUAAUUUUAACAGAGGGGUUUGAUGGGGUAGUGCCUGUCAAAUACUUCACCAAAAUCGAAACAUGGCCUGGUAGGCAAUCCAUUCCUUUUUGAUUAAGAUGUUCAUUAUCUCCUCUUCCUUAUAAUGCCACUGCACGCCCCCCUCCUGUCUCUCUGGGGUUGAGAGGCAUGGGAAUUCUCUUUGGGUUUUCCUGUAGAAGCAUGAGAAGCAGAAACAUGGUUGAAAAGCAUGAGAACGGCAAAAGCUGGUGUUGAGUUGAGCUACCUUAAUGCAAAUUUUAAUUAUUAUUUCAGGAACUUAAGACAUUGUAAUGUUUAUAUUAGGAGUCCAAUUUUACGCGUUUUGGCUAUUUCCUUC